AACAUCCGGGCAUUUCAUGUUAUUUCAAAAAGACAAUGAUUUCUCCAAACCGGAGACACUGAUGGUCCAUUGAUAGAGGGAAAUUGUAAUUCGAGACCAUCAGUGAUUGUCACGGGAAUUAACACAACUGAAAUAGGACAUAUUAGUGUUAACGUUCAGUCAGAUAUACAUUUAUUUGUAAUUAACUAACAUUUUGAUACCGGAUAAAACCAGGCCGUAAAUAUGGGAUGUGCUGUUUCGGCCGAUGACAAAGCGGCAGUGGAGAGAUCAAAACAAAUUGACAAAACUCUUCGACAGGAUCGAGAAAAAGCUGCCAGGGAAGUCAAACUGCUUUUAUUAGGUGCUGGGGAGUCGGGCAAGAGUACUAUUGUGAAACAGAUGAAAAUUAUCCAUGAGAAGGGCUACUCACAAGAAGAAUGUCUACAGUACAAGCCGGUGGUAUACAGCAAUGCUAUCCAAUCUAUGAUGGCCAUUAUCAGGGCCAUGGGACAACUCAAGAUCGAGUUUGGACACCCUGACAGAGCGGAAGAUGCUCGGCAACUGUUUGCUCUGACAAAUAACACUGAUGAGGGCGAGCUGUCAUCUGAACUGGCGGCAAUCAUGAAACGACUGUGGAAGGAUUCUGGUGUGCAAGAAUGUUUUGGUCGGUCACGGGAGUACCAACUCAAUGACUCUGCAGAAUACUACCUGAGUUCAUUAGACAGAAUAUCACAGUCUGGUUACAUUCCCACGGAACAAGAUGUGCUGAGAACGCGAGUGAAAACAACCGGCAUUGUGGAAACACAUUUCACGUUUAAAGAUCUUCACUUUAAAAUGUUUGAUGUGGGAGGUCAGAGGUCAGAGAGGAAAAAGUGGAUCCAUUGUUUUGAAGGUGUGACAGCCAUCAUCUUCAUUGUAGCCAUGAGCGAGUAUGAUCUCACACUGGUGGAAGACCAGGAAAUGAACCGAAUGAUGGAGAGUAUGAAACUGUUUGACUCAAUCUGCAACAACAAAUGGUUCACAGACACUUCUAUCAUCCUCUUUCUGAACAAGAAAGACCUGUUUGAAGAGAAAAUCAAAAAGUCUGCCCUCACCAUAUGCUUCCCAGAGUUUUCAGGUGAGAACAAUUAUGAACAAGCAGCAACUUACAUCCAAGUGCAGUUUGAGAAUCUGAACAAGCGUAAAGAAACAAAGGAGAUCUACACUCACUUUACCUGUGCCACCGACACUAAUAAUGUCCAGUUUGUAUUUGAUGCAGUCACAGACGUUAUCAUUAAGAACAAUCUAAAAGACUGUGGUCUGUUUUAAAGAAAGUUUAUCAAGACUAGGAAUGAAGAGAACUGUCAUUUAAUCACACCUGAGGCCAGCUAAGAUGACUGGAUCCUGAACCAGCCAGAACAGACUUGUUCAGACCAACCAAGUAAUCCUCAUCAACUAUGCUUCUGCAGAAUGUGCAUAACAGUGGCUGCUACAGCGACCUACUUAUGUGUCAUGGAUUUUGUGAUCUAUUUUUUGUGUACAAGUGUGAAAAAUGACAUGAUUCACAUAGUGUGAAGACGGUGACCUGUGUCAGAAUUUGUACUGUUCUAGUAAAUGUGGAUACCUUUUCACAUGAUUGGAGCAAGAUACAGACCAGAGGACAAGGCACAGACACUAACUGCCAUAUUAAAUGACAUCAUAUUUGGCUGUCCCAUAUGUAAGAAAAUCAGUAAUAUUGAUUAGAAAAACCAACACAAAGGCACAAUUAUAUGUUGGUCAUACAAUGGUUGAGCACGCUGGAAUUCCUAAAGGAAAAUAGAAUAUUUAGUUUUUCAAUAUCUAUAAAGAAUAAGACAGUAUCCUCCCAAAUAAAUCUUUGAUACAAGUAUAGAACAUUAUGUAUGCAAAAUUAACAGAAAUAUUUUUUGAACAGAUCAAAUUAGAAACUGCUGAAUAUUUUCUAUUAUGAACAAUGAUCUGAUUUUAAUAUGAGAAUAUUAUAACGAAUCUACUCCUGAUUAAAACAUGAAGGUAUUCCUACUGACUGUAGAUGCUCAACAAUGAAAUGCAUUCCAAUAUAUAUAUAUGUGUUAGGUAUUCAGUGCAAGUAUAUACAACACUUUUUAGCAGAUUUUCUCCUCUCUCUGUAACUGAAUUGUGAAGAGAAAAUUUCAUUGAAAAGGAGCAGAUCAACAGGAACUGUUUGAAGUACAUGUAGGUAUUGUAAUGGUAUACGUGUACUUUUUGUGUUAACUCAUAAAACAAGCUUUUAAAUAUUGGCAUUAACAAGUGUGAUCAUUCAUCAAUCAUCCUGUAGUCCACUGUCAUUAGGAGCUGUCCACACCGGUAUGGUUGAUGUGGUACAAUGGUAUUAUCUUGUAUGUCAAUCUAUUUACACUGGGUGCUGUUGUUCAAUAUUGUUUUGAUAUUUUAUGAAAUUUGUCAUAGUGUUUUAAGCUGCUGUGACGGGUAAAUGUACAUAUAUAUCAAUGUCCAAACCACAAGUCCCUCUCAUUUUAAUAAUUGAUCAACAUAUUCACUUUUAAUGUAUGUUUGAUGUUAUAAAUUAAAGAACAAACCAAAUGUUAUUUCAAUAUUGGACUGAAUAGCAUGUUAUCAAAAAAAAAAAUUAAUCUGCCACCAAUUAUUCAGAGGUAUGGACCAACACUGUAGCAGGUAGCUUGUGAUUGUAAUACAAUCCUGUUGGAGAUCAACUGAUGUUGGUGAGAUUUCUGGACCAAUCGCAGACUGUCGGGUGUUAUUGAUACUAAAGAUGUUACCAGUAUAUAUAAUGUGAUCAAUACAGAUAAUGUUACUUACCUGUUAUAGGUAAUUUCCUUGUGGUAGGUGACUUAACUGUAGGUAAUUACCUUGUGGUAGGUGACUUACAUGUUACAGGUAAUUUCCUUGUGGUAGAUGACUUACCUGUUACAGGUAAUUGUCUUGUGGUAGGUAACUUACCUGUUACAGGUAAUUUUCUUGUGGUAGGUGACUUACCUGUUAUAGGUAAUUUCCUUGUGGUAGGUGACUUACCUGUAAUACGGUAGGUCCUUUCCCUGUGUUAGGUGACUUAUCUGUCACAAGUGGUAAAUUACCUGUAAUAGGUGACUUACCUGUCACAAGUAGUAAAUUACCUGUGGUAGGUGACUAACCUGUCAUUUGGUGAUAAAUUACCUGUGGUAGGUGACUUACAUGUCAUCAUUGAUUAACAUGUCGUAGAUAACAUGCCUGGCAUACGUAAUGACUUACCUAGGGUGGGUGACCACUUACCUGUUGGAAGUAACCAUGUGCAAUUGUAAAUACACAAUGUGAAUUGUAAACUAUUAUUUUAAGAAUGAAUGGAGUAUGCUUGUGAGCCAUGUUGUACAAUUAUUUAUUUAUGUCUUUAUAGAACUUUGCUUAUUUUAAUUUUGAUGUCAUACAUUUAUCGAUGGUUUGAUAUUUUCACUGCUUUUGAUGUUAUAUUGAAGACUUCAUUUACCUGAAUGUAAGUUGCUGUUACUUAGAUGGGGUGGUGAGCAUUUCAAACCAUAGUGUUUUUUGAGGGGGGUUGGCCUGUGACUUUCCAGAUUUGAACAUCUGUAGGAAAGAUAUAUGGAGUUUGUUUGAAUUCUUUGGCAACUCUUAUUAAGUCAUUACCAUUCUAUAUUCCACCGUAUAACACUUUCAGCGUGUUGUAUACUCAAUGAUCAAAUUUGUGUUCAUUUAUAUAAUUAGAUGCGAGAAUUAAUCGAUUGUGUAUGUGACAUGUUGAUUCAUAAAUUUCAUCCAAGUUCUGCUGGCAUUUUAGUUUCCUUUUGCUAUAAUUACAGUUUCUUGUCUGUAUCAAUACAUUUCAUUAUUCUUAAGGACACCAGUAUUGAUGUCAAAUUCAAUAAAAAAAAAUUAAAAAAACUGAGGAAGGAAUUUAUUAUUGAUGAAUGUAUUGUACUUUACCUACCGUAAAGGGACAUAACUGUAUUGUCUAUUCCAUUCCAAAAACAGAACUUUACAAACUUUAUUUUUACACUGGUAUAGGGCUGAGUUUUAUUAGGCUGUUGUGUUUAGUGCUACAGUCUGUGUACCGCUGAUGUCCCACGAACACUGCUUAAACUUUACUGUGUAUUUCAGACAGAAAUGAGGAAAUUAUUCUGUUUAAUGACCAGAAUGUCCUUAAUCAUGUUACAGUUUCACUCUGCAUAUUCAGAGAUGAAACUGUUAUGGUAAAGUUGUUGAAAGUGGCUGUUAAAUUAAUGAUUUGUGACUAAGCAUUGGACAUGCUUGAUCAUAUUUAAUUUGACUCAUUUGCAUUCGAAACCUACGGUAAGUGUUUUAUCCGAUUCUGCUUGAUGUUUGUCCAAGCUUCUUCUUAUAGGUUAUGAAACAUUCUAAAUAUGUCAGGAACUGAAAAAAACUGCCAAAAUACUAAGUGUCAGUAUAUAAUGUAUUCAACUGUUUUUUAUCAACUUUAAUACAUUUUCUACGGCUCUUUUAUUUGUUUGUGUAAGAAUCAUGAGGAAUAGUUUGCCUAAUGUUUAUGGAGAGGUAUUAUUUUUGUAAAACUGAAUGUCAAGUGAUGUUCAUAAAGGUAAUUUUGAUACUUAUAAAUGCUUGUGAUUAAAAUCGAAUCUCGUUAAUCCUUGAGGAAUUAUUUCCAAACUCAACAAAUAAAGAACUCACCUCUUGAAUGUCCAUUGUGUUAACUUUUGGUCAACAUAGACCUCUUGAAUGUCCAUUGUGUUAACUUUUGGUCAAUAUAGACCUCUUGAAUGUCCAUUGUGUUAACUUUAGGUCAACAUAGACCUCUUGAAUGUCCAUUGUGUUAACUUUAGGUCAACAUAGACCUCUUGAAUGUCCAUUGUGUUAACUUUAGGUCAACAUGGACCUCUUGAAUGUCCAUUGUGUUAACUUUAGGUCAACAUGGACCUCUUGAAUGUCCAUUGUGUUAACUUUUGGUCAACAUAGACCUCUUGAAUGUCCAUUGUGUUAACUUUAGGUCAACAUAGACAUGCGCUAAGGUCAACCGAAUAAUAGUUUUGAUUAAUGCAGUAUCAAAAUUCAUGUGACAAAAACAGGAAGCAGAUGAAUUACCAUUUGGAUUUUUAACAUUAAUAUUUUGUAGACAUUUUAUGAGUCAUUUUCAUUUGUAUAUAUAUAUAUAUAUAUUUCAGCAUGGAAAUUAAAAUCAAGAUAUUGCCAAUUAAGAAUUUUUGAAUUUGUGUAUACAUAUGUACAAUUUUAGAUAAUUUUUUUUUUUUUUUUUGCUGGUAUUUGUUGUUCAGGGUAAGUAAUUACCAGCCUUGGAUAUGUAUUAUGUCUUCAAAAGAAUUAUGACUGAUUUUUUAGUGUGUAAACAAAACUAUCAUGAAAUCCAAGAAAUGUUGAUGGCAUUUUUGUCUUGGGUACUGUAUCUAUUCUCUUCUAUCCUCUUACUGUGUUAUAAUGCUACCUUGUUCACAGGAGAAAUGCUUGUAUGUAUUGUGAAUAAAUCUUUGUAUAAUAUUGUAGGAAUAAAAGGUUCAUGUAAGCAUA